AUGGAGUCUGUUGUUUAUUGUAACAAGCGUAAAAUUACUGGUAAUCACAAGACUAUUUUUUGUCAAAAAACUCAAUGUUGUUACUGUAAACAAUUUGGUCACAUAAACGCAUUUUGUCCAAAUUUACCCUGUUAUCUCUGUCAUGUGUAUGGCCAUACACAAAGAACUUGUAUUGGAAACAAAGAAUUCAAGCCAAAAAAACUUAAAUGUAAAGUUUGUAAUAGAUAUAGUGAUAAUGAAUUUUGUAAUGAUAUCCACAUAGUUGCUUUUUUGGUUCAUGAAAAGGAUUUUCAAUUUAUGUGGGAUUAUAUAAUGCAUCUAUCUGAUGUUGAAAUAAAUUUUUCUGCUAUUUUAAGAACGAUUUACAAAAUUAAAAAAAUGUAUUAUUUUAAUGAUUCGUUCGAUAAAUUACAAAAAAAGCAAGAAAUGGAUUGUUUAUAUCAUGGCAUUAACGAUGUUUAUACAUUUAAAGAAGUUCAUGAUUCUUUAGGAAUAAAUUUAUUUAAUCUUUGUGAAGAAUGCUAUAAUGUUAUUAGUAAUCAAAAAUUGGUUUGUGGGCAUUAUUCAAAAGAUCAUAAUAUUCAAUAUCAAAAUUUUAAAGAACAUGUUAUUGUUAGAAAUGCAAAUUAUUAUUUAAUUGAUAGAUUAUAUUUUGAUAAUAAAGAUAAUCUUCGAUUAGCAUAUAAUGGUAUUAAAAGAUCAGGAAGAAAACUGAAAGUGUUGAGUAAUGAUGAAAAAAAAAAUAAAAAUGUAAUAGCUCAAAGACGUCACCAGGAUAGAAUACAAAUUUAUAUGAAUUCAUUAGAAGAACAAUGUGAAUUAAAUAGAAAUAAUGUUUUUAUACUGGAAGAAGAGGUGAAAAAAAUGAAAUUGGAAAAUGAACAUGUGCAAAAAGAAUUAAAAGAUUAUCGAAAACAAGUUCAAGAUUUGAAAAGAAUUAAUGAAAUAUUGAAUAACGAAAAUCAAAAUUUAAAUGAUUCAAUAACUGAAUUGAAUGAAGAAGUACAAAAACUCGAUAAAAACUUAAAAGAUUAUCAAGAUGCUAAUAAGGAAUUUGUUAAACAUAAUAAUAAAAUGAUGAUAGAGAUUGAAGAAUUGAAAAAACAAAUUAACAAACGUGAUGAAAAAUUAGAUCAAUUUAAAACUGAAAAUGAAGAGUUGAAAAAACAAAUUGAUGAAAAUGUAACGAAUAACAAAAUGAUUGAAAAUAUUGGAUUAACAAGCAUUGAUGGAAGUAUUGGAUUAACGAAUAACGAAAUGAUUAAUGAAGAUUGGAAAAUAUUUUCAUACGAUUUUAAACCAAGUUAUUUGUUAAAAUAUCUUAUUAAAGAAUUAAAAUUAAAAUAUCGAGAAAAAUAUAAUGUUGCGGUAACAGCUAGCACUUCGAUUGCAGCGUUAAAUAUUAAUGGUAUAACUAUACAUAAUUAUUCUAAUAUUGUGUUAAUUAUCGAUGAGAUAUCCAUAUUAAGUUGUGACGUGUUAGAUUUGAUAAAUGAAAUUUUACAAGAAAUUCGUGGAAAUCAGAAACUAUUUGGAGGUGUCCAAUUGAUUGUAACAGCUAAAGAUAAGGAAAAGAAUUUUGAUCUACCUCCACAUAAGCAGUUGAUUGAAUAUUUAGAUAAGAAAGUUUUAGCCAAAGAACUUUUAUAUUUAAAAGUUGGUGUGAAAGUUAUUUCUAUUUUUAAUGACAAAAAUAAUAAAGGUAUUGUAAAUGGUACUUUUGGUGUUGUUGUUGGAUUCAAAUCAAAAAUUCAUAAAAAGAUUUAUAGAAUAGAUGGAAUUGAAAUUCUGGAUUUUAUAACUACACAAGAUUUAGAUCCUGUGGUUAAAUUUGAUAAUAUCGAAGAUGAAAUAGUAUUGAAACGAGAAAAGUUUUUAUAUAAUUCUGAAG